GCCCGUACCGUGAACGAUCGCCGUCGUCGACCCGUUGUCACCGUUGAAUAGAGUCGAGUUCGUUUCACCAUGCGCUGCUCUUGAUAAACACAUGCGGUCAGUAAGUGGCGGUACUUCUCUGUAUCUUGAUCCCCGUCUAUCCUCCAUUCUCUCUUUCUCUUUCUCUCGCUGUCCAGUCUCCGGGGGACAGAUUCUCCGCGACUCGCGCGCACCGUCGCGGAUGCUCGCAGGUGUUUCGUAUUCCGCGCGAAGGACAUCCUAGAGCCGCAACAAGUAACGCGAUAACGAUCCUCGGAGGGUCGCCAGUGUGUCUUAGCGCGAUCGUUCGAUCGGUUGUCGAUUAAAUUGCGAGCGAUCCGUCCGCCUGGUGCAUCUGUUUGGAAAACGCGAGCAGCGAUCCGUCCAUUGGGGUCGAUGCUUUUCGGGUGCUGUUCAUGGUUUUCGCAAUAUGUUUCGCCGAAUGUCUGCUGUCUUCAGGGAAAAUUUCAUUUUGCCGUUGACCACGCGAUGAAUCGUCGUUUACUCAACGUGUCUAGAUAGUCGGUAGAUAGAAUCGUAGAUUGUAACCACGGUUAUAGACUCCUGAUCGAAUUCGCCUAUCGCGUAGAGUCCCAUUGAAAAAUUACGAUUAGAUAAGUGGGAGAGUGUGGCAGAGGGGACAGAAAGAGAGAUAUCGCGAAAGGUUCGAUUGAUGGCUAGGUGUAGUUCGCGGAAGAAGUGACAGUGGUUUCGAAUGUGUAUAUGGACGAGGUCGCCACGAUGACCGUUCCACCGACACUGCCUGCGAAGGCUCAGGCCAGGGAUGCGAGUCAGGUUGCCCGACAGACUGUGUCAAUCCGAACUGUUUCCAAUCCCCCCACGGCCACUCUGAGCACAGGGGCCGGAGCAACGGUAUUUGUCGGACUUGGCGCUCCUGGCGUCGAUUCCGCGGCAGCCUGCAGGAGAAGAAUCCCGGAAGUGCAAUCCGCGAACGGCUACGGCAAGCAGAACAGCGUGAAACCGACGGCACAGCAGAGCCAGCAACAGCAGCAGCAGGGACAGCAACAGCAACACCAGCAGCAGCAGCAGCAAGCCGCACACGUGGUGAAGAUCAGGAUUAACCCGGAUGGUGAGAAAAACGGCAGGGUGAUAUCCACCGUACGACUGACUCUGGACGAGAACCUCGGGCACGAAGUCGAGCAGGAGAACGGGAUCGCGUGCGAACGUUCGAGCAACCGUGACGGUGGUGUGGUCGUGAGUGCGACGAAUCUGGUGAACGAGCAGCGUUGUGGAAGUGCCGGUGAGGGCUGUGUGAGGAUCAGUGUCGGCUGCAACGCUUUCGAACACAACAACAACAACAACAACGAGAAGCGAAACCGGAACAACGACAGCUCGGUGAAAGACAUGGUGCACCGCGACACCACGGACACCCUGAACUCCUCGUCCACGAACAACCGUUCGAGCGCCUGCUUCUACUACAACUCGUACCAGAGCCCGUUAACCGCGAUGGUGAUGGCCAGCGGACAAUGCUCGCCCAGCGACACCCUGGACAGCGGGACCUGCAGCGACCUGGACGGCACGCCUCCGCCUCUUCCGAAAAAGAAGAACGCAAGCACGGUCACGUUGGCCAACGAGCAGCACAAACGCACCGGAAGCCUGACCAGCAGCGGCGCGGAAGUGGACAGCGACGACAACGAGAGCAACAUCAGCUGCGAUUCCCUGAACGGGGGCGACCUCAACGAUCGAAUAAUGCCGCGAAACGCGAACGGCACCGAUCGAGCGUCCCCAGACUUUCAGGAGACCUUCGAGAAUGGCGUGGACGAUCAUCCAGCGAACGAUACGGUUCUGAACUUAAACCGACUGGACCUGUCGAACGGGGGAUCCGCGCCAGCAGUCACCACGCCGGAUGUCGAGUCGAAUUCCUGCUCGACGAGCGUCUCUCCCAGCGUCUCGCCGUCACCGUCUGCGGCGUCCACCUUGUCGAAAGCAUCCUCCACGCCGAGGAUCAGGAGUCCGGAUCCUCUGAUCGAACAGAACGGGAAACCGUCGUCGCCCAUGGUCAAGGAGUGCACCUACGAGGAGAGGAAGCAGGAGCAGGAGAGGAUAGAGCAAGAGUCCAUCGCGGCGGACGUCGACGUUAGCAUCAAUCCCGUGACUGGCAAGAAGUACCUCUACGAGUACGACAGGUUUUACAAGUUCCACGUGAACGAACUGAAAGGCAACAAUAAGGACGCGAACAGGGGAGUGGUGUUGGGGGAUAAGGACACCGACGAGUGUUUUGCCGGUUACAAGAUCCUCGAUAAGGAAGCCAUACGCAGUGCCAAGGGAACCGUGCGCGGUGUCAAGAACAGGGUACGCGCCGGCAUCGCGACGUUUCUGCAGAAACCCUCCUCGCAGGCGUACAUAAAGAAGGAGUUGGGCAAGGUGGUGGUUUACACGACGACCUCUGGCAUUGUCAGGAAAACGUUCUACAACUGCAAGAAGGUGAAGCAGAUCCUGAGGACGCACAUGGUCAAGUACGACGAGCUGGACCUUUUCGGCGACGCGGAACUCCAGGGCGAAUUGAGAGAUCGUUUGGGACUGACGGCGAUACAAUUACCACAGCUCUUCAUCGAUGGACAACACAUCGGAGGAUUUGACACGGUGGAACGGCUCAACGAAUCCGGGGAGCUGAGGGAUAUGCUUAAGCCUUACCAGAGCGACGACGCGUGCACGGUGUGCUUGUUCUGCGGCGGUUACCAAUGGCAGCUUUGUCCAGUGUGCAACGGUAGCAAAAGGUCCGUGCACCGCAACGACUUCACCGCGGAAUUCGUCGCCCUGAAGUGCGCGAAAUGCGACGUGAACGGUCUGAUUCGCUGCCCCCAUUGCUGAAGGACGAUCAUGCUAGGAGGUAACGACGCUCACGUGCACAAACGACACCAUAAAUCCUCGAAGCUGCGAUCGGACAACUGGCAUACACCUCUCUCUAUUUAAGACUAAGGUGCUACGAGAGUAUAUUGCAUUACAAGUUAAGGAACACGCGCUGUCGCGUCGAAAGAACAAUAGAAUCGCUCGUCCAACGCUCAAAUUGUUCGUUUCGUUCAGACGGGGAGCGACAGGGAUGUUCGAUUCUUUGCAAAACGAUCGAUGCGAAAAAUAUUCAAACACCAUAUUUCGCGUACGCUUUGAAAUCUUUGAGUCGGAUUUGCGUUAUUUAUAUUUAAGACGAGGCAGCAAAUUAGCUUAGAAAUUAAGCGUCAAACGAGUCACCGUUCAUCAGUGAUUUAUCGUAUGGUAGUCAAUUAAAAUGAUGUCUGCUUUUGAAAAUAAACGUUCGGCUGGAACGGACAUUCUCUAUCUGAUGACAACAGUUAGGCAGAAGCUCCGACGAAAUACUUGCUUUUAACGUAUAGAAACUCGAGAGUCGAUUUAAAAAAUUCUUGAUUAAUCAAACUUGUAAGUUAGAAGAAUCGAGUCAAAGGAUCGGUAGUUGGUUUGAGAUAAUGGUUCGUUUAUUCGUAAAUUUAUUCAGAAACGGACAUCCCUAGGUAUGGUUUCCAUCGCUGGGAAUUCCCCUCGCGAGUGACCGAGAGCUCGCGGCGCAAACACGAAUUGGAAAUUCGAGAUAAAAGCUGCGCUCGUACGCUCGAAUCCGGCCAUCGAGCACAAUCCGUAGACGCUAAUGGCGCGACCGCGCCCGUGAACUGUAAAAUAUCGGUUAAUAAAGCUUAUCUAAAGUUUUUUAAU